AAAAAGCAAUUGCUGUUAACAUGGCUUACAGUGUGAUAGCUGAUAACUACACUCGACAGUUAAUUUACUGAGUUUUCCUGACACUUAGUGAUUCUGGAUUGUGGGCUCCAGUUCUACAGGGUCUGAACUCAUCUGAUUAUAAACAGGAUCUUCCAAGAAAAAGUUCGGAGUGAAUUGAAAGCUGAACUGCUUUUGUUCAGAGAUCUCUGGGAUUGAAGAUGUAGCACAAAAGACAGGAAACAGACUACAUGGUGAAAAAAGAGAUACAGAGUCUGCAUGCUACAAAAGGGAGAACUGAUCUUUGCUGUGGGGACCACAAAUAGACCCUGGAGUUGUUCUGCUUCGAGCGAGGAAUACGCUUGCAGUUUGGAACAUUAUAUUACAAUACCGUUUGUAAAUCUGCAUCAGUUACUUCAGGACAAGAAAAAAAAAAAACUGUCAACAACUAAAGAAUGAAGAAACACAAAUUCUGAAAGAGAUGGAAAAAAAUCUUGAACGCACUGAAAUUAACGUUAUGGACAGCAGUGUAGUACAGUCAGAGACUAAGCUGGAGGUUAAGAGAGAAGAAGUGGAGACUCUGAUAGAUAUGAAAAACUCUGAAGACCUUAAAAGUUAUGCUAUGGCAACUCAUGAAGCAGAAUCUGUUCAUAACUUAGAGCUUGGAAAACAGGAAACCACUGGAUCAUUAGCAGAACAUGCUUGUGGUUUGGAACAAUUCGUUACACUCCAGUUUGAAAAACUACACCAGUUUCUCCAUUUCAAGGGACAGAAACUCAUUCAGCAGCUUAAGAAUGAAGAAGGAAGAGUUCUGAAAGAGAUGGAAGAAGAUCUUGACUGCAUUAAAAUUAAAGUUAUAGACACCUAUGUAACAGGGUUUGAUGCCAAACUGAAGAUGAAGAAUGAAGAAGUGGAGAGACUGGUAGAGAUGGAAGGAAAUUCAGAAGACAUUAAAAAGUACGCUGUGCCAGCUCAAGGGACAUUUGGCUUCUUAACCGUGCCAGAAACCUUUGAGGAUGUUGCUAUCACUUUCUCAGAUGAAGAGUGGAAGAUGUUAAGCAAACAAGACCAGGAACUUCACAGGGAAGUGAUGGUACAGAACUAUGAAACCAUGAUUUCAUUGGGAUACAAAAUCCCACCAAGGAAUUUAUUACUACUCCUUAAAGAAUGCCGUGAUGCUGAACUACUACCAUUUCGUAAUUUGGAACAGAAAGGUGGGAGACCCCAGCUACGUCACGCAACAGAGAAUCUGAAGCAAGAAUCUCGGCCUGCAAAAGGCUCUAAUGACCUUUGUCUCACUCCUGUAGCACAACAGUAUUCGAGCCACUACUACCGCCAGAGUGCGGAAUGUGGAAGUGGAACACAUCACCUGAUAAAGAACUUUCAGCAGUGUGCUGAAUAUGUGAAGGACUCUGACAAAUCUCUCCUUACUCCUGUACCACAGCAUCAGUUAGGAAAUAACUGUAGCAAGAACCCUGAAUGUGACUUAAGUUUUGCUCUACAACAAAGCUCAGGGAUAUGUCAGAGGAUUCAUAAAGAGGUGCAAUUGUAUAAGUGUCCUGAAUGCAAUAAGGGUUUUGCAUUUCCUAGCAGUCUUCAGAAACAUUAUUCCAUUCACACACACGACAGGCCAUAUAAGUGCACCGAAUGUGGUAAGGGUUAUAAACAUAAGGCAACUCUCCUGUGUCAUCAGAGGACUCACACUGGGGAAGAUGAACCUUAUAAAUGUCCAGAAUGUUUUAAGACUUUCAGAAGAAAGAGUGAGUUUCUAUAUCAUCAGAAGACUCAUGGAAAAAUAGUGUAUAAAUGUCCUGAAUGCAAUAAAAGUUAUACAGUAAAGCGGUCUCUCCAGUACCAUCAAACAACUCACCGAGGGGAGAAACCAUAUAAAUGUCCUGAAUGCAGUAAGGCAUUUUCUCGGAGCACUGAUUUGAGACGCCAUCAGGCCAUUCACAUAUCAGGAAAAAAAUAUAAAUGCGCUGAGUGCAAUAAGAGUUAUAGAGGAAAACAUGAUCUUGUAUGUCAUCUAAGGACACACAGAGGUGAAAAACCAUAUAAAUGUACUGAAUGUGGAAAGUGUUAUAGUCAUAUGAAUGGUCUUCUGUAUCACCAAAGGGCUCACACAAAGGAGAUGUCCCCAGUGAUGUAGUAGUCCAUGAAAAUCACUGGCCAAACAAGAGCCAUAAUAAUGAUAGAGGGGACUUUUGGGGAUAAGGAAAAAUGUAUGUGUUGUUACUAUUAUGCAAAAAGCCCAAAAGUUCCAGAUCGAAGAUAUUUAAAUUAAAGGAAAGAAAAUUACUUGGUCAAGAAAAGUUAUUAAAAGCUUCUAUUCAUUAACACAAGAAAUCCAUGAAAAGCAUUACAUCAACAAAGAAACUUUGGACCACCUGGAAAAAGUGAAACACGAAGUGUGAAACUCUAAAGAACAAAACCAAGAGAUUUUUGAAAGAUAUAAAAAGAAAUAUGAACAUGGGAAAGAAAACCAGAUCUGAUGUGGUGCUAUAUUUAUGCAAAGAAGAAAGCUAAACUAA